AUGGAUAGAGUGCAGGGUAGUUCCACAUUACAUCCUGAGAUUGUAUUAAGGAGGAAGUUUGUGCUUUCCGAUUUGGUCACGGCUGUUGUUUUUCCAACUUUUAUGGUUAGCUCCACUUUCUUGUUGAUGAUGGGCGUGACAAAGAAUUCAUACUUGCUUAUGUUGCAAAGAAAUGGAAGAAUGACCGACAUCAAUUGUUUCGCCAAUUUUAUAGAUGGGAUCUCACUUUGGAGGAAAAUCUUCAAAAUUAUCCAAUAUGCAGAGGCAUUCUGGAAAAUGAUUGGGUUGUUUUUGUUCAAUAUAGGCGGAAAGAAAAAACACAGAGAAUAG